GCAGGUCUGCCAUGUUUGUGCUCCGGUCGUGGAUGGACAUUAUUGCCGCAUAAAAGCUGUUCGGUUGCUAGUCUCACGUUUUGUACUGCCAUAGUGGGUGAAAUAUUGAACAUUAAAUGCAAUCCCCGCAUUUUUAGUCAGAGUGUAAGCGGGACGCGCAGUGCACCAUGUCAGCCAAUGCUCAGGAUUAUGACUUUGAUGAAUAUGACAAACCCGGUGCUGAGCGGUCACGCAGGAGGAGAGGUGAAGAUGAUGACCUAGAGAGUGAUUUGGAAGAGGAUUUGUUGGAGGAGGAUUGGCUCUCAGUUAAAAAGAAUCCCUCAGAAGUGUCAGAUGAGGAGCUGAACGAUGACCUUCUACAAAGCGAUGAUGAAGAAGUGAAUAUGAGUGGACAGGAUAUGAGCCUCAAUGCCACAUACAGCUUGGGCACAUCCUAUGACCAGCAGGACAACUUGCAGGAAGCAGACUACACAGAUGACGUUGUGAACCUGGGUGCAGAGGGCUGUGAAGAAGGGGAUGUGGAGGAGGAGGGGUAUCAGGAAGAGGAGUACACAGAGGAAUACAGCCAGGACAACAAUGCAGAGAUGCCUGAAGACCAGAUGGAUUACACUGGAGAGCUCGCUGAGGGUGAAGAUAGCUACCAGGAUGAAGUGUUAGACAUCCAAAUCAAUGAGCCCUUAGAUGGUGAAUUUCAAGAUGAUGAAUAUCAAACCUCCUAUGCUGAUGAGCCUCUGGAUGAACAUGGAGUCCAACAGGAGGAGGCCCCCGAGGAGGAGGAAGUGGUGGGGGUAGAAGAACAGCAGGAAGAGGAGGAGGAGGAGGAAGACAUUGCAGAGAGCUCUCAGGUUGAAAAUGAAGCUGUUCCUGAAGAAGAAACAAAGGAGGAGUCCGAUGAGGAGGAUGAGGAAGAUGAAGAGUCUGGUCGCAUUCGGUUCAAAUCUGAGAGAAAGGAAGGCGCUGUUGUGCGGUUGGCUGAUGCAGGCAGUAAAAGGAGGAAUAUCCCUGAAACACUAGAACUGUCAGAGAAGGCAAAGCAAGAUCUGAAGGAGUUUGAGGAACAAGAACGGCAGAAGAGACAAAACCGUUACGGAGGCCGAGGGAGAGGAGGAGGCGGCGGAGGAGGAGGCGGGCGAGGAGGCAGAGGAAGAGGAGGCUUCCCAGGCUUUGGAAUGGCAGAUUUUAGAGGAGGAGGAAGAAUGAAUGACCAGAUGCUCCCCUUGAUGGGAAAUAUGGGCAUGCAGCAGCCAUCCUCCCGAAUGCCUCCUCCUCAUCAGCCUCAUCAGCAGCAACUGCAGUCCCAGCAGCACCACCCUUCGCGUCCAAGAGGACCUCCUCCCUUCCAAGAGCAUGGGCGCCCACUGGUCCAGCAGCCCCUUCAGCCCCUCAUCCCCCCACACAUGGCUCACCGCUCCCCGCCGAUGCGGCCCCAGAUGGAGCCACCACCACGAAUGAUGAGCUCCCCGCCACCCCACUUCCCCCAGCAUCACCAGCAGCAACCACCACAGCCCAAAAACAUACACAUUAACCCCCAUUUCAGAGGGCCCACAUCAUCCUCUGUACAAGUGCCCUUGAUGCCUCCUGCUCAGAGCCAGCCCAGACCUGCUGUGGGUCCUCAGAGGUUCCCUGGACCGGGAGACUUCCAGCAGCACAUGCCUGGUAAUUUUGGACAGCCCCAGCGGCCCCCUCAUCACAUGGAGCCCUUCAGGAACCAGCCACCUCAAGGCCCCCAGGACAGGGAGCCCCUCUUUAUGGCAGAGCGCGCAGAGUCAACACGGUUUCCAGGGCAGCACAUGUUUGAUCACCAGGGCCCCAGCCCUCUGAUGAACAGCAGCAACAACCUCCACCAGCAGCAGCAGCUGCCCGGACAGGGCCACAUGGGCUUUGGCCCACCAGGACCAAACUUCAACCAGCCAGGCCAGGGCCCGUUAGGACUGUUUCCGAGAGAACCCCCACGACCCAACCUCCCUCCCCACCAAGGUCACCAAGGAAUGGUCGGCUUGAAUCAUCAAGGUGGCCCCCCUAACCAACCCAGACCUUUCAUGGGUCCUCGUCAGCCGUUUGGCCAGCAGGGGAACCUUUUUCCCCCUCCACAAGUUCAAUUUGGGAUGCAGGUACGACUAAGAGGCCUAAUGCACGGCCCUCCUGUCUCCCAGCUUCCCCAUCAUGACCCAAUGUCAUCCCAUCAGCCCAUGCCACCGCAUCAUAGGCAGGAGUUACCCCAUCACCAGCAGCAACAGCUAAAUCUCGGUGAGCCUCGCCCCAUGAUGCACCAUGGCCAGAAUCCCUUCCAUCAACAGCAUGCGCACGGUAGCCCCAGGCAGAUGACUCCCCGCCCUCAGAACCCCCAACAGCGCAACAUGUCCAACAGGCAACGAAUGAGCACACCUGUCUCCAAACAAAUGCAGCAGCGCAACAGCAACCUACGGGAGCUCCCUGUAGCACCUGGCAACACAAACAUGAACAGUGCCCGCCCCACCGCCUCCCCUGCCGCCAACGUCAGGCCUGUUGCCAAGGCAACACAGGGGGUGCGUCCUGGGCAGAACACUCAGCCGGUGCCUGGCGGUGGCAGAGGAACAGGCCAAGUUGCUGCCAAGACUGAAUCGCAGCCUGGGGGAGCCGGCAGGACAGUGGUUCGCAAGGAAAUCCCAAGCACACCGUCCAGCACGGCACCACAGGACCCUAAUGAGGAUGAGGAGACACGGCAAUAUCGUCUGAAGAUUGAGGAGCAGAAGCGUCUGAGAGAAGAGAUCCUGAAGAGGAAGGAGAUGCGGCGGCAGAUGCAAGCUGGCGUCAGAAAGAAGGAGCUUCUGGAUAGGCUUAAUUCCCAGACAAGCACACCAAACCAAGGCCCUGCUCCUACACAAAUUCAGCCUGCACAGCAGAGUCUGCAAACACCACACCCUGUUCAACAACAGCAACCACCACCACCACCACCACCACAGCAACAGCAGCAGCCAGAACAAAAACAGCAGCAACAGCUGCAGCCACAACAGCAGAGACCGUUUCCUCAGAGAACACAACAAUCAUUAAAUCAAUCAUUAAAGAAUCCAAAUCAAGGCGCCCCCAUCCCUCCUAAUGGCACGGCUCAGACUCUUAUACCACGUCCCAAUGUCAGAACACGCCUGCAGAUGGCAAAAGGUAGCACCCCGCAACAACAGACCCCCAGACCUGUUUCAGACCAGCAAUGGAAACAAAAUCAGCAGCAGCUGCAACAGCAGCGAAUGAACAGUGCUUUGCAGAACGUAAACAGGCCUGGCGCUCAGAUCCAGUCCACUCAAAACAAUGUACCUGUGUCCCCUUCAUUGGGCCCUGGCCAGGCUCUAAUUCCAAGUCAAGGACCUACACCUGGAACUAAAAGAACUGUGAUGCAGCGAGGCAGAACUUCUAGUGUCGAAGGGCAGCAGGUGCCACAAAAAGUCAGAGUCGUCAAACUUUCAGGAGCGAGUGGAAAGGGGCCUGAGGCCACCGGCGGCCCAGUGCAGCAACAAGGCCCCUGGUCAGCAACUGCAACCAACCAGGGCGUCCAGAGGAAGGUUACCAUGACAGGACAGCAGCAACAGGGACCAGGCGGAACACCGCAGGCUUGCCGAGGGGGCAUGGGCAACCCGCAGCAAAACAGGGUUGUUGUGUCGGGCCGGGGCCGAGGUAGAGGGGGUGGUCAAAUGGGUCGUGGUCGUCCAAUGCCCACGAGACAGAGCCAAAGAGCUGCAGAGAGUGAACGCUGUACUGUGUCAAUAGAGGGCCUCUCCUCAUCCACAACGGACAUUCAGCUGAAGAACCUUCUCAGAUCCAUCGGCCCCAUAGAGAUGUUUAAAAUGAUGCCCCAGCAGAGGAAAGCAAUUGCCACAUUUUCCAGUCCCCAGCAUGCGGCAAGUUUUCAAAUGAGCUUCCAUAGGCACAUGAUUGAUUUGUCCCACAUUGAUGUGUCGCUGAUUGAUGGAUGAGGACCACAAUAGAGCGAGGGAGUCCUGUUACAAGAAGUCACUUUCUCCUGACGUGGGAGCUUCUCGUGCACAGCUCCAUCUUGGCGUAGGAAUAUUUCUUCAGCCCUCUGGGAGUCGCUCACAAUCGUCUGCACAGAAGCAUCAUUCAACAUUUGUCUCCUAUCAUCUCGGAACAGUAAACACAAAGACAUUAGCUGCAGGCAUGCCUGUGUUUGACUUUUGUCUACCAAUUGUCCAUUGUUGAAAAGUGGCACUGAAGAGACUCUGGACAGUUAAUCCUACUUCGGUGUAGUUUGUUAAGAAUAAUUUUUGUGCAUCUUACACACACGGACACUAAGUAGAACAUAUCAUGAGAUAAUGGUUGCUCCCAUCCUCAGUAAGAUUCAUACUAAGAAAUGCAAAAGGAAACGUGAACGUUGUAAUUCUGAUGUGACCGUUUCAAAGUCAAUUUUUAAAUCUUACUUUUGGCUUGGUGUUUGGUUAACACAGGGAAUGGUUGUGGCAGGUUGUAGCCAGCCUAUUCAUAUGGGCUCUGCCUUAGCAGUGUUUCUCCCCCUCUGUAGAUGGCAGUAUUGCAUCACUAUUGGUUCUUCAUUUUUUUCUUUUUUUUUUACCCAAAUUCGCUGUCAGGUAGAAAUGAGUCUCAAAGCAAUUUGUGGGUGAAUGGCACUACCUAGUGGAGAACUCGCAUACAGGCAUAGAGGUGGUCUGGGUGAUUUAACAGAGGGCACAUAACAGUGAUUAAAACCAAAUUAUUGUAGGAUGUAACGAGAAAAGGUUUUUUUUUUCUAAAUUCCCAGUAGUUUUGGGAAUUGUGACUGUUUUACAGAUUUUGUGGUACUUUAAGUUUCAGUGCUGCUUGCUUCAAAUAGUUCAGAAGUUAGUUAAUUUGGUAAUUUGGCAUUUCUCCUUGUUCUAAAUGUUAUAAGGUCUUUUAACUCGUAAACAUCUGAAAUGCAUUUUGUAAAAAAAAAAAAAAAAAAAAUCUUUCACGCCUUUUGGAUGUAUAUUUUAGUUGUAUGUCUGAUUAUGGAGUUAGAUAUAGCUUUCUAAUCUGUGCUGAGUGUGCUUUGAGGGAGUGUAUUUGUAAAUUUUUUGAGAUUUUAUAUAAUUGCAACUUAAAAGUAUGUUGUUGGGAAUUUAAAAUUUGUAUUAUUUGGUAGAAGAGAGAGACUUCUCAGGAUAUACACACAUUUCUGUGAAUGAUUUGAGCUAGGAAAUACAUUUGGCUUCCUCCCUUAAAAAAUAAUCUGAAUCUGAGGGACUGUCAGUGGAUGAUUUGAUGCCUUAUCAGUGAGCUGUAUAAUGCUACUGGAAUAGCACUUUGAACAAAAGGCCUUCACACUGAGCUGGUAAUGUAGAUGUCUGGCAGAAGAGCAUACACGUAAAAGAAAUUCACCAAAAGUAAUCACCCAAAAUAUUGAGUUCCCCUUAUUAUAAUAUACAGUUUCCUUGUAAAUUCUGGGCUCUGAAGCAUAUUUUACACUUACGAAGGGUCAGAUUUCUUCAAAGACGUGAGAUAAGUAACUACAGGUGCUUGAACAAUCACUAAUAUAACAUUUGAUUUUCUCUGAGCGUGUGCUCUUGGUUGGGGAUUGCUAGCACAUCUCCGAAAACCUUGAGUUCUUUGAAUACUUCCAUGUCCGGCAUCGUUAUUUAACCAAAUACAGCAAGUUAGGCUCAUUUACUUUUUUCCAAAAUUCCAUGACUGAAGACUUUUGUCAAUAUCGGUUUUGAUUUGUCAAACAGGGACAAUUUUUCAAAAUAUUCAAACAUUAUUUAAUAAAAAGUGAAGUUCAGAAGUGAAUUUCGUGUACUAUUUAUAGGGAUGCGAUGUAGGAAGGUGAGGGGGCAGCCAUUAUCUUUGUAGUGAUCAUGUACAUAAGCAGACCGGAACUGUAACUCAAUAUUUAUCCUGUUAAAAAAAAAUUCUUUGAGUUAUUCUUUGCUCAUGUUGUAUCCAACUUUUUUAUAUGUAAGCAUAGGCUGAUGUGUCCAGGCAUAAAUCAUUUUUACAAGUGUUUUGUUUCAAAUUAAGAGCCAAAAUGAAUAAUUGACUGGACCACAUUUCUGUUUAUAAGACAUUUGACAAAAAGUUUAAAGGAAAACAAGAAAAUAAAAACAUGGCCAAUAUACCGUGAACAUGCAGGUAUGUAAAGCCGGUUAAACUUUA